AAAUGACAACAUACGAGCCAAUGGAGUAAAGGUUCCAGCGCCAAUAGAUUCUUCUCCAUACGGUAUGACAGAAGCAGCCAACCACAAGGACGCGCAAAGCAAAGUCUUUUGGCGAGCAAGACAUUGACACUCCGGACAAACGAACGUUCCAAGGAUUCUCGAAAUAUCAAAAUAUUGCCCUGUGCAAACUAGGCUAUUCUCGGCCCAGCCGUAAUGCCCCACCACGCUUAGGGGGGCGAAUAAAUACAACUCUCGAUCUCUUCCUGGAUCUCUUCUGACCAGUUUGCCAUCACCGCUAUCAAUGGCCCUUUCUGCUUUGUCUCUGAUAGCGUUUGCUACGUCCAUUUGGGCAGCCAAUCUUACCUCUCCUACUCCUCCGACUGUUACUCUCGAUUAUGGGUCUUUCCAGGGUUUUAGUUCGGUACCUGGUACAGAAUCUUUCUUGGGGAUGCCAUAUGCUCAACCACCCAUUGGCAAUCUUCGCUUCAACCAUCCCAUCCAUCCUCUUCCUUUUAAUGGCACAAAACAAGCCACUGCGUUCGGCAAUUCUUGCCCUCAGCAGCCGUAUUUGGGACCCAACUCUAGUCUCCCAGAUAACCCAGGGCUUAGUGGGGUCGAGUUGUAUCUCGGGGAAUUCCAACCUCAACCCAGAGUUAAUGCAUCGGAAGACUGUUUAUUCAUCAACGUCGUUCGCCCAGCUGGGGUAACCCAAGAUUCAAACCUCCCUGUCAUUGUGUGGUUAUAUGGAGGAGCAUUUGAAAGUGGUGAUUCAUCCUCGACCAAUGGAACAGAUAUCGUAGGCCGGUCACUAGAUCUCAAAACGCCAGUUAUCCAAGUAUCCCUCAACUAUCGCAUGAAUGCUUUUGGCUUUCUUGCGGGAAAGGAGGUGAAGGCUGCUGGCGUCGGUAAUAUCGGACUCUAUGAUCAACGUUUGGCGUUAGAAUGGAUUCAAAAGUAUGUUGCAAGAUUCGGCGGCGACCCCUCCAAAGUCAUUGUUUGGGGACAGAGUUCUGGGUCUAUAUCUGCACUGGCACAGAUGGUAGCAUUCGAUGGACAACUUGAUGGUUUGUUCGCCGGUGCUGUUAUGGAAUCAGGAACUGCUACGCCUAUUGGGGAUAUCUCCUACGGACAGACUAAUUAUGAUAUUAUCGUUGCCGCAGCCAACUGUACUUCCGCGGAAGAUACACUGGGAUGUCUUCGCGCUGCGCCCUAUGAGGCUAUCCUGGAUGGAGUUUUAGCGACCGCACCGCUGCUUUCGUAUCAGAGCUUGGAUACGUCUUGGCACCCGAUGGUGGACGGUGUGAUUUUGAAGAGAUCUAUUCGGCAAUCGCUUGCAGCUGGGACGUAUGCUAGGGUACCUGUGAUUGCUAGCGAUGUGGAUGACGAGGGCACACUCUUCUCUUUGUACAGUUUCAAUGUAACCACGGACCAGGAUUUUUUGGAUUACUUGUCGUCCACUUUUCUAGCCGGUGCGGAGCAGUAUCAAAUCGAUCUAGUUGGAUGGUUCUACCCUGCAGAUCCUGCCGAGGGCUCUCCUUUCCAGACAGGCUCGAAUGACACACUAGGUCCUCAAUACAAACGCAUAGCGGCCUUCCAGGGCGAUUUCUAUUUCCAGGUUCCGCGUCGUUAUACGCUGAGCCACCUUUCCAAGACGCAGAAUGUAUGGAGCUACAUCUGGAAGCGGUACAAGUAUGUCCCUGGGAUAGGGUCGUUCCAUGAAAGUGACUUGGGAGAGUAUUAUAAGUUGACGAAUUCGUCUGAUUUUGUGGGGGUCGACGCACUCGUCAAUUUUGCGUACCACCUCGACCCCAACGUCCCAGCCGGAGGACAGGCAAAAGGGGCAGCGACGAGUGUGCUGUCGGGUAUCACAUGGCCGAGGUAUCGUCCUGAGUUUGGGUCGGCUGGGAAGGUGUUGUCGUUCUGGGACCCGAAUGUGCUCAAUGUGACGCGAGAUGAUUUUAGGACGGGUGCGAUGGAUUAUUUGGAUUGGAUUCAGGAUGAGAUGGGGCUUUGA